CCUUGAGGACUUGCCUGCCUUGCUACAUUACUUACUAGGUGUACUCUGAAAUUGAAAUGGAGACUCCUUCUCUGCUUCUUUUCACCACUUUGUUGGCCUUUGCAUUCAAGGCCUCCAUUGCUCAAUGGACGCCUGCAUUUGCUACAUUCUAUGGCGGCAGCGACGCGUCGGACACCAUGGGUCGUGCGUGCGGGUACGGAAACUUGUACAACGCCGGGUACGGGGUCAAUUCAGCCGCGUUGAGCACGGCGCUCUUCAACAACGGCGCAUCGUGCGGCAUGUGCUUCACCAUCACCUGCGACGCAAGCAAGACGCCGUCGUGCAAACAGGGCACGUCCAUCACCAUCACGGCAACCAACUUCUGCCCGCCCAACUACGCCCUGGCCAGCGACAACGGCGGAUGGUGCAACCCGCCGCGACAGCACUUCGACAUGUCGCAGCCCGCGUGGGAGACCAUCGCCGUCUAUCAAGCCGGCAUUGUGCCCGUCAACUACAGGAGGGUUCCCUGCCAAAGGAGUGGGGGCAUGAGGUUCACCAUCAACGGGAACGACUACUUUGAGCUCGUGACGGUGGCAAAUGUCGGCGGUAGCGGCGUGGUGUCCCAAAUGUGGAUCAAGGGGUCCAAAACUGACUGGAUGGUAAUGAGCAGGAACUGGGGUGCUAGCUGGCAGAGCAAUGCCUACCUCAACGGCCAGAGUAUAUCCUUCAGGGUACAGACCGACGACGGACGGGUCAUCACGGCCGACAAUGUUGCGCCGUACAACUGGUGGUUCGGUGGCACCUACACUUCGUGGCAGCAGUUCUAAUAUCUUGCGAGGUACUCAGUCAAGGGUACUCAAAUAGUCUGGCCCGAUGAUUUCAUCUGAGGCUGUAUCUCCUCUUUUGUUUCUUUGUAUCUCUGUUUUGCCUGUCCAAGUUUUUGUACUUGGCUUCUAUUAAUUCUCUUGUGUCGUAAGAUCAUAAGAUUAUAUGUGUGUGCCCAACAUCCCAAGAGGUGGAGCUGUUUAAUAUGGGGUCGCCCGUUUGUGCUUGAAUUUUAGUUGACUUUCUUUUCUUUUGGAUUGAAA